GGGUGUGCAAGACUCGGGGUGGGGAACCCAGCUUCGGACAAUUUGCGUCGUCCGUGAUUCCUCCGAUCUCACAUCGGGGGCUAGCACCGCCGAUGUUUGCGGGACUCGUUCUUCUACAUAUAAGAGAACAGAUGACGCCGAGGAGUCAAAUACAUCUCAUCCUAGAAUAGAACCAUAGAGACAAACUUUACAGACGAAACCGUAAUCCAUUGCCUCAUUUCAGCCGACCCGAUCUCGAGUUCUGCCUUCGCAAGAUAGUCACUGUCGUCACCCCUACCACACCAACUGCUGCCCUAAUAAGAGCCAUCGAGACCGACAUGUCGCAACUCGGGCUGGCCAACACCAUCGCCACUGCCACCGGCAUCUUAGGGUGCGCGUGGUGGGCAGGCGCGGCGGCAUCGUUGUCCAUGUUCAGCAUCCCCGCCAUUAUUCAAACCAGCGCCGAGCCAGGUCAUGCACUGAAGCUGUGGCAACACAUAUUUUUGAACGGCGCGUCGAUCGGCCCAAAAGUAGCGCUCGCCAUUACGCUCUCGCUGGCCUACUCGGCAUACGAUCGCUACGAUCAGGGUCUCGCAUGGAAGCCGUUUGUUGCCGCUGGAGCUUUGAGUCUCGCCAUCGUGCCCUAUACCAUCAUCUUCAUGUCGUCAACAAACAAUGCGCUCAUGGCCGGCGCACGGGGCACCGCAACGCUGGGUCUGUCCGAGACCACGGAGUUGUUAAAGAGGUGGCAGGCACUCAACGCCGUAAGAAGCAUCAUUUCUCUGGCGGGCGCCGCUAUCGGGUUGUGGUAUACCGCUUUCCAAUGAGCGUGAGAUGGUUUGAUUCCUAUCCAAGACAUGUCGAUCGUUUCUGCAUAGACAGGGAGCCGAGGCGACGGAACGGCGACAGAACGGCGACAGAUUCAUGUAAGAUAAAGAUAGC